CUGAUUCAGAAGUAAAACUAACGUGGCCGAGAGUAUUCACUGUUUACAUCGCUGCAAUUAAGAUUUUAAAGAAUAAGAAAAAAUAAAUAAAACGGGUGUGCACCAAACAAUCUAUUUUUUGUUUUUGUGAAUAUAGUAAAAUAAAUAUUUUAUUUACCGUUUAAUUCAAGUAUAAUCCAACGCAAUAAAUUAGAACGUGUAUACGUGUGUGAGUAAAAUGCAUAGUUGUCUAUAUUAAAAUUUCCCCUUUGCUUUAUUUUUUUCUGCCGCAAUGUUCUAUCUACAAUAACUGACAACCAACACAAAUUACUUUUCGCCGCAACAACAACAUUGAUUAUAAAAAUUAACAAACACAACAAAUACGGGACGGCAACAACAACUAUACGAAUGCUGAAUUUACGCUGCUCUGCAAUGUCACGCUAACAAAACAACGCAUCUACAGCAGUUAAUGCCAGUUAGGACAGAUCAUUUCGAUUGUAUAUCUGUAUAAAUUGAGCAUAUUAACAACUAGAAUUCAGCAAUAGUAAAGCAUAUCUAUAAAAGAAUACCUAAGCAUUGGUCCAAAGACAAUAACUUCCCAAGAACAGCAGUAUAUAUUGUACAACAACAACAGCAGUUCAAAGUAGAAUUACAAUAAAUAAAGCAAAGAGAAGGAAAUAAGUGCUUCAGGAGUAACAGGUCGCUGGUGAAUCAACCGAUUCUGCAUUUAUUACAUCACAGGCGUAAACUACUUUGCUUCCUGUCUGGCAUCCUUAUCGAUUGACAUACAGACGUGCUGAAAAUGUUUAUCGAAGAUGACGCACAAAUGGAAAGCUUCUGGGUGCAGAGCGCGAUCGGUGCUAUCAAAGUACUCGCUUUUGUGUGUGACAUAAUCACGUUGCCGGUAUAUUUGGUGUUGCAGCGACCAUGGAAGCGAAGAGAAGAGUCGCGACGCGUCAAGGCGCGUGUUGUCAGUUCCGAUGAGCAUUCGUUGACCUAUCGCACUAUUGAACCGCCCCGCGAGGUACACGUGAAGAUGCUGCAAAAUAACAUCGACACACUAGAGAAGAUGUUCAACUAUGUAGCCAAGGUGCAUUCGAACAAACGUUGCCUGGGCACACGUCAGAUCCUCAGUGAAGAGGAUGAGGUGCAACCGAAUGGACGCAUCUUCAAGAAGUACAAUAUGGGCGAGUAUAAGUGGAAGAAUUUCAUUGAGACCGAUCGCAUGGCUACGUCCUUCGGUCGCGGUCUGCGCGAAUGUGGUCAGAGCGCCCGACAGAAUAUUGUUAUCUUUGCGGAGACGCGCGCCGAAUGGAUGAUUGCGGCGCAUGGUUGCUUCAAGCAGGCGAUGUCAAUUGUAACUGUAUAUGCCACACUAGGAGAUGAUGGCGUGGCGCAUUGCAUCAGCGAAACGGAAGUCACCACAGUGAUCACGUCGCACGAGCUGUUGCCCAAAUUCAAGCAGUUGCUGGAUAAAUGCCCCAAUGUAAACACCGUUAUUUACAUGGAAGAUCAGUUGCAUAAGACCGACACAACGGGCUUCAAGGACGGCGUACGCGUACUCUCGUUCUCGCAAGUUGUGCGCAUGGGACAGGAGAGCAAGUUUGAAAGCGUUCCACCCAAACCCGAGGACACAGCCAUUAUUAUGUAUACUUCCGGCUCGACAGGCACACCGAAGGGCGUGUUAUUGUCUCAUCAAAAUUGUAUUGCCACAAUGAAAGGUUUCUGUGACGUGGUGACUGUGAAGCCUGACGAUGUGCUGAUUGGCUUCCUACCGCUGGCGCACGUGUUUGAAUUGCUCGCCGAGAGUGUUUGCCUGAUUACGGGCGUACCCAUUGGCUACUCCACGCCACUGACUCUAAUUGACACCAGCAGUAAGAUUAUGCGCGGCAGCAAAGGUGAUGCGACCGUCUUGAGACCCACAUGCAUGACUUCCGUGCCGUUAAUCCUGGACCGCAUCUCCAAGGGCAUUAACGACAAAGUUAAUUCGGGUUCUGCCUUCAAGAAGGCGCUCUUCAAAUUUCUGUAUCAGUACAAAGUGCAAUGGACGAAUCGUGGCUAUCAGACGCCGUUGGUUGAUAAAUUGGUUUUCCAGAAGGUCUCAAAAUUGCUUGGUGGCCGCGUGCGUUUGGUGCUCUCCGGCGGUGCGCCACUCUCACCCGAUACACAUGAACAAAUCAAAACAUGCUUAUGCGUAGAAGUAGUACAAGGUUACGGUCUAACGGAGACUACAUCGGGCGCCACGGUUAUGGACAACCGUGAUAUGACUUAUGGUCGCACUGGGGCACCGCUGACCGUCUGCGACAUACGUCUAGUCAACUGGGAGGAGGGCGGAUAUCGCAUUACAAAUAAACCAUAUCCACAGGGCGAAGUGCUAAUAGGCGGUGAUUGUGUAUCGAAAGGUUACUACAAAUUGCCCGACAAAACCGCUGAGGAAUUUUUCGAGGAGGAUGGCAAACAUUGGUUUAAGACUGGCGACAUUGGUGAAAUUCAUCCAGAUGGUGUACUUAAAAUCAUUGAUCGCAAGAAGGACUUGGUUAAGCUGCAGGCCGGCGAAUACGUGUCACUCGGCAAAGUUGAAUCCGAACUGAAGACUUGCCCAAUUGUGGAGAAUAUCUGCAUUUAUGGCGAUCCAACCAAACAGUUCACCGUCGCAUUGGUGGUACCGAAUCACAAACAUCUCGAAGAAUUGGCCGAACGCAAUAGCUUAAAGUCCAAACCUUUCGACGAGUUAUGCACGUCCCCCGUUAUGGAGAAGGCGGUCCUAAAAGAACUAUCCGAACAUGCCAGGAAAUGCAAAUUGCAAAAGUAUGAAGUGCCCGCAGUGCUCACGCUCUGCAAGGAGGUUUGGUCACCUGACAUGGGUCUCGUUACAGCCGCUUUUAAGCUGAAACGCAAGGAAAUACAAGAAAAAUACCAACAAGAUAUCAAACGCAUGUACGCGUCAUGAAAGUCAGUGUACUGAAUUGUGACGUCGUCGAACAAAACUAAAAAUUUAUGUACAUUUUUCCGGCCAAUGGCGUUAAGCAAGUUGUAAAUUAAACUAAAUUUGAAUAUUUCAUGCUUAAUGAAAUAACUAUGGCAAAAAAAAAUGUGCAAAAGUAAAAUAGUCAUGGUUUGUUAACGGAGAAAUGUACAACACUAAAAAGAGUAAACAAAAAAAAAAGCAAAAAUAAAAUAAAAAAUAAAAAGCAAGCGACAAAAAAGGCAACAAAUGAUGCGAAAUGUGGCAACAACGCAAAUGUUGAAAUGUUGUUGUAAUAUAAAUUAAAACUAGAUCUUUCAGUAACGUUUUCGCAAACGUUUUUUUUUUUAACUAUAAUUAUUAUUUAAAUAGUGUUUUUUUUGUAAAUUUUAAUUUUUCUUAAACAUAAUUGAAGUUGUAAUGUGUUUUUAGGUGCGUUAUUACGAUUAUAAAUAUUAUAUAUUGUAUAACGAGUUGAAACAAAUUGAAAACAAUACAAAAAAAAGAACCGUUAACUAUUUGAAUUUUGCUUUAUUUAAUUAUUUAAAUAAUUUUUGCGCUUAGAAUAUUAGUAUAUUUGAAUUUAAAUAAAUAUAAAAGAAAAAUAUUAUGAUAGAGUGACAAGUGCAACAACACAGUACCCGGUCUGCUACGCCGUCGCAAGCACGGCCGGAGGUUCCAAUUUUUAUAUGGCAGCCACAAAAUAAAAUAAUAAAAGGCAUAUAAAAGAAAACAAAGUAAAAAUGAGUUUUGGCUAAAAAUUAUGAUAUUGAAUUUCGGCACUUGUAACUUUAGCAUAAAAAUUAGUUUUAAGUGAACUCUAAGCUAAGUCUAGUGAAAAUUUUUUUUCUUUUGUUGCAAGCAUUCAACCAUUAUUAAAUUUAGCUAUAAACAAUAAUUAUUUAAAAUUUAAACCAAACAAUAACUGAUAUACAUUUAUAUAUAAAAUAAAGUUAUUUAAAAUCAAAAGAAAAUGCUAUGAAAUGUUUUUAGAUAUGUAUAUAUAUUACUACAUAUAUGAACAUACAUAUGUAUAUAUAACAUGUAGCGAGUUUGCGUGUGAAAUGUGUAGCAUUAAGUGAGCAUUGUGUGAGACGGAACAGCAUAUUUGUUUAAUUUUCGCUAAAGGGUUUUAAAAUUAUUUUUAUGGAUCUUUUUUCAAUUUUUUUUAUUUACGUAAGUUAUGUUAUUUUUUUUUUUAAAUACACAUACAUGCGUAACUAUGUAAUAUAAAGAGUUCAAAGGUUUUAAUUAAUUAUUAUAAUUAAUUAAUAAUAUUUAAUUAAAUUAAAAUAAUCAUUGUUUUUUAAUAAACUAUUAUGGAUUUAAAUUGUUUUAAAUUAA